AAAGAUAGUAGUGGAUGAGAUAUUUAAAGGUUAGGGGUUUUGGUGGCUGUGAUGUGAGUGAGUCACUGAAAAUGGAAGCUCUUGUUGAUGACGAUUUCGGAGAACUCUACGCCAUCGACGUUGAAGUUCCCAAAGAAGACGAAGAAGAAAAGCUCGAUGUAAACAGUAAUUGUAUCAGGCUUGAGCAGGAGAAGAACAACGAGUCAGUAAAUGAUGAUUGUGUUGCGAGUGACAGCGACGACGAUGACGACGGUUUGAAAAUUGUAUUGAAUGACGAGGAUUUUUCUGUCGGAGUUGGAGUUGUUGAUUGUGAUGAGGAUGGCGAUGGGGAUCAAGGUGGUGAUAAUGGUUCCAGAGUUUUUCAUCCUAAGUGUGUGAAGAGUCGAGGAUCGAUGUUUGUGAAUAAUGUGAAGGUAAAUUCAUCCAUGGGGACGGCUUCCUACAUUUCGUCUUUGAAUAAAGGCAGGUGGAAUGGUGAUACUGGCAUUCAGAACCUUGCGUCGAGCUCUUCUCAGUGUGGAUAUGGAUCGUUUCUUCCUUGGUACUGGGGUAUAUUUGAUGUAAACAUUGAUACGUUAAUGGAGAAGCCAUGGAAAGUUCCUGGAGUUGACAUAACGGAUUACUUUAACUUUGGUUUUGACGACAGAACUUGGAAGCUAUACUGUGUUUCAUUGGAGCAGCUUUGGCGGAAGUCCUUGCAAACUGGUAUAUCUGUUGAUGACUCUGCAAAAUGGAAUCAGGAAGCCAUGAGAGAGCAAACUGAUCAAGUUGCGUCUGGGAAUGUACUUUUUCAUUCAUCAGCUUGUGAAUUGCCAAAAGGCAGAGCAAUUCAGGUCGAGGGCAGCACAGUUGAACGGCAACCAUCCAUAGAUGUAAGACGCCCACGCAAUAGGGACUCUAAUAUUAUCGAGAUCAAGCUGGUUGAAUCGUCUGAUGAUUAUUCUGGUUCUGGCAAUAGCACAUUAUUGGAUGGAUCAAUAGAAGGGGAAUCUUUGUUAGGAAAUAACAGAAAUAUUCUCAAUUCAUCCAGUGAAGGUGAUGAAGUGCUGUCUGAAGAUCAAUUGGAAGAUGGAAAAAAAUCAGAGGACUCUUCUGCUCAGAAAAGAAGUGGCUUGAUUCCUGGUGUAGAUGGACACGAGCAUCAGGAUGGAGCAUGCCAACAUUCUGAAGAUACUGCAGAAGUGGCAGUUGGAGAAAUUAAACCAGAGGAAGGUGGUGGCAUAGACACUUGUAGUUCUUACCCAUGCUGGAUUGAAUCAGAAUUGUCACUUGGAGAUCAAGAGCAUAGCCUGACUUCCUAUACCGAUAGUGAUUAUGAGGAAACGGAAAACAGUGUACAUGUCAAUAAUGAUAAAGGUCUUAGCCCUUUAAGAAGGAAAUCAUUAAAUUCUGCCACUGACAUGAAAGAGUCUUCGCCACUUUAUUGUAAGAACACAAAGAACAACAGUUUCAAUAGAAAAGCAGUAAAUGUAGCAUAUAUUUCAAGAACUAGGGGUCCAUUCAGAAAGGAAUGGAGGUACCAAAGUGAUAGAAAUGAACCUGGUUAUAAUCUGAAUAAACACAUUAGAUAUGAUGAUGAUUUCUCGUCCAUCCCCAGGUCUAGUGCAAGGGAUUUGUCUCUGUCGGGUCAUCAAUUUGUUGAUUAUGACAGACAUAAACAACUGCCCCUUUUUGGCAGUCAUAAAAGAGACGUUUCAUAUAACAGGGAAACAAAAAAAUCCUACUAUUAUGGUGGUGAAAAGGUUGUUGAUGACCUGGUUACACAGUGCUCCAAAUAUUAUCGAGAAGAUAGAGAAAGCUUCAGGGAUAAUCUGAACCGAAAUGACAGAAGAAAAGGGGAUGUGGGGGGUUAUUUUUUUAAACCUGGUCCUAGAAUUGCAGAUAGUGAGAGAGAUUGGUAUCAUCUUGGUUGGGGGUAUUCUUCUGAUGACCUGAGUCCUCCCUCUUAUAGGGAGUCAAGGCAGUUUUUUCCAAAACACACAUCUUUUCUUGAUAAGGGGAGCAAUACUCAAAGGAGAAGAAUGGAGGACAAGUUCUAUUUUGUAGACAGAAACAGCAUUAAUGAUUUUGAUGAAUGCGAGUUUGAGUUUCUAAACAAAAGCUACAGGAUGUCUGCUUCUGCUGCUGACAGAGAAAUGGAAUCCUUAGAUAAUAAACAUGAAGAACAGUUUCCACAUAUUGAUAGUGAUUGGAAAAGAUCUGUCCGAAGGAAAAGACAUUGUGACAGGCCCCCUUUUGUUUUGAAUAACUUGUGUUCUGGGAAAAUGGAAGAUAAUUGUCAGAAAUAUACACAUUAUCAAGAUUCAGUGAGAAUUUAUGCAUAUGGUGCAAGAGUAAACAAAAACCCUGGGGGUUGUAAGAGACAUAAACAUGCUAGAGACAAUAGUGACAGUAACUGGUCAGGUGAUUAUAGUGAUGCUGCUGAAGAUGAUGAUUUCACAAUUUAUCCUGUAGAAGAUUUUCAGUUUUGCAGGUCCCCAUCUAAGUUCCUGAAAUGGACCCGGGAUGAAAUUAUUUGUAGGCAUCACGAAACUGAUUCAACAUCUCUGCAUGCUAAGGUACAAUGUGAUGAUAUGAAAUUGCAGUGGCAUCAGCUAAAUAUGCCAAGGAGAGAUAAUAUGAAAUAUUUAAAAUAUGGCUCCAAGACUAUGUGCAGAAGUAAGGGUGGGCAAGCAGUGCUGAGAUACAGGAAAUCAGUUGACUUCAUUAAUGGGGAAGGAAAGUUUCACGGGAAAAGUUCCAGAGUCUUGUACAAUGGUAGGCUUGAAUAUGUCGAUCAGGGGAUUGCUAAGAAGCAGAGAGCCUCAGUGGGUUUUGAUGAAUCUCAUAAAAAAGCCAGUAAAUUCAACACCUUAGAAUAUCAGAGCAGCCAUGAAAAUGAAAGAUGUAUUCAGAACCUUCCAGAUCAAGGGCAGAAAGAAAGCUCAGAUAUCGAGGAAGGUCAGAUUGUAACAGAAGAACCAUGCAUUGAGGCUUGUGUGUCCAGAAGAGAUGUUUAUGAAGGUGCAGCAGUGACUGCCAGUGUGAAAAAGAGAAUGUCAAAAAAUCAGAAUAGUUCUGACCAGUUUAUAGGCAACUUUGACAGUCAGAGGAUUCUUGAUUCAUUAGCUAAAAUGGAGAAACGUAGGGAGCGCUUUAAGCAGCCCAUCGCAAUGAAGAAAGAAGCCGAAGAGAGUUUGAAGCUCAACAAUGAUUCUGUAGUAGAUACAGCUGAAAUGAAGCAACAUAGGCCAGCACGAAAGAGGCGCUGGGUUGGUAAUUAAUUUUUAUCGUUUGAAAAGGCUUGAGUUUCUUCCCGAGUCGAUAAAGGACAAUUUCUACGAUUGAACUUGGUUAAUCCACUUUUGUCGAAAUUAUAUUUUGUCCUUGGCAAAAGUGAGAUUAUAGAUGUUAUUUUCUUGACUUGGAAUAAAGCCUGAUUGGUCUAACAGUUUUGACGAUUUGAUUGGAAGCUCUGCAUUGCGAGGACUGUAAAUAACCCCGACAUUCAUAAUACAAUGAAGUUGUUUUUGGAUUCCCGUUUUCCCUCCAUCAAAUCAUAGUAGGGGUUGGCCCUGCAAUUCUCAGAACUCGCAAGGGAAAAGAUAUAUACUUCAGAGGUGGACUGAGUUUCAGAAAAUGUUUUUUGUAUUUAUUUUCUGUUUUAGUUUUAAUUAUAAAACUGUCGCCUUAUUUUUAUUCUGUUUAUUUUCACAAAUUUGUACAAGAAAUAGUUAAAAUAGAAAUAUGUUAUUUUCAGGGUUUGCUGUAUAAAUAUUUG